ACAUGGUGGAUCCUGCGAAUUUCGAGCAAAUGCUCGAGACUUGUUUAAAUUAAAUCAACGUAAAAUUGAGAUUUUAUUAUUAGUGUUUUAAGUAAUAUUAUAGAAUAAUAGUUAUUUAAACAUUUUAAUACGAUGUCUUUCUACAUUCGAAAUAUACCUAACAAAUUAUGUUUAUACGUCGGCACACGAAACCAAAUAAUACAGUCUGAUCGAAAGUUGACAAAACUUAUGAGAAUAUCGGCAUUCACUCACAAGGCUACUUCAUCUUCAAGUAAAACAAUAGAAAAUGAAUUUGUUAAAUUACAUACACCAAUCAACACAAUACAAGAAACAAACUUGAAUAAUUUAAAUUCAUCGUAUUAUUCUAUUGCUUCUAAAUUGGCAGAACAAACAAAUCCAAUCACUGAAUCAGAAAAAUUAAAUCGACCUGCUAGCAAUGAAGAUAAUAGCAGUGAAAAGAAAACAGAUGGUCCUACGAAAGAACAGUUAGAAUUUAUUUACAGGACUCUCGAACAUGAUCUUCCGAAAUUUUUCGUGACUGCACAUAAUUAUAAUAUUUAUAGUCCCCAUUUGGAAUUUGUAAAUAAUUUCAAAGGCGAAGUUUCACACGGUCUACCGGCAUAUAUAAAACAAACAUUAUGGAUAAAAAUCGCUGGUCAUCUUUGCUACGUUUAUGUUAAAUUUGAAGUUUUAAAAAUAACUAAACAUCCUGAAGACAAUACGGUAAGAGUGAGAUGGCGAAUUUGCGGCUUAUCAACUUGGCAAGCCCUUUCAAAUUUCUAUAGAAUGAUGAGGAAUUUAGAUAGAAAAGAGACGUGGUAUGAUGGCUUUUCAACAUUUUUUGUGGGAUCUGAUGGAAAAGUAUUCAAACAUAUAGCUGAUAAAAUGAUGCCUGAUAAUGAUCCAGUACAAGAUAAAGAGAAAACUAAUAUCGCCGCAAAAUUAACUACGUGAGUAAUGCUGUUAAUAGACUAUUGAAUGUCUAUUAUAAAUACAUUCACUUCCGGAGUGAGUGUAAUUUGAGUAUAAGCGUUAUUCAUUUUAUUUCUUUAGUUAUUUUAAUUUAUAUUAACUAUUAAUUUUUUGAAAUUUUCAUCACUGUUAUUAUAAUAACUAUGCUCAUUAUUCACAAAUUUUUUUUAAUAAAAAUUGUUAAAUGCUACAUUUAUAAAUUAUAAUUUAAUGCGAAUUAUUCAUCCGAUUAAGUUAAUAUAAAAAUAGUUUAAUAAAUAUGACUUCACAAGUCAAUUAUUGGUGAGGAAGAGAGUGACUCUCUUGACAAAUGCUUCGAUCCGAAUUUAUUGGCAUAUUAAACCUGUAAUAAUUUCAGAGAUUAAAACAUCAAUAAUUAAUUUCUCAA